UCAAGGAUCGAUUUCGAACGAUGCCCCGGACUCGUGAUCGUUCACACGCGAUCGUUUCCGUUUUAUCUUUUGCAGUACGAUGGAGCGUUCUCGGAGCAUUUGGAGAUGCUGUCGCAACUCGGCUACGUAUGCCUGUUCUCCUCGGCGUUCCCGCUGGCAGCCAUGGCGGCCCUGCUCGGAAAUCUGCUCGAGCUUCGCGGGGACGCUUUCAAGCUCUGCUUCGUUCUGCAGCGGCCGUUCGGUCGGAGGGUCUCCAACAUCGGGACUUGGCAGAACGCGAUGGAGGCGAUGGGACUGGUCGCGAUACUGGUGAAUUGCGCGUUGAUCGGACUGAGCGGGCAAGUGCAGCGAAUGUUCCCAGAGAUGUCGGCCACCCAGACGAUCCUGCUGAUCGUCGCCCUGGAACAUAUCAUGCUGGCGAUACGGUUCAUCAUAAUCUGCGCGAUACCCGACAUACCGCACUGGGUGGCCACCGAAAUGGCCAAGGUAGAAUUCUUGAGAAGGGAGGCGGUCAGACGACUGUCCUCUACACCGUCGCCGGAACAACAGCCCGCAACAGUAAUAGGUAAGCAGAUUACAACACGAUACGUUGCCCGCGUUCUAAUUAAUUGCGAUGUUUCUCUAUUCUCUGACACCGUCCCCCUUAUCGAUUUGCCCGCCCGAGAACAGGAGAGAACAAUCUCGAUGAACCACAAAAACUAUAUCCAGUACCUACCCGAUCGAUAUUGAACUGAGCACACACUUCACCUCCCUCUAGA